UUUUUUUUUUUUUUUUUAUGAAACAGACUCACUCAUAGUUGAACAGAAUCCACAACUGUGAUGACGAUUUAAGGGCUUUCCGAUGAUGGACUAUAUGUAAUAGCUCUUUUCAGAGGACCUACUGUUAUAGCGGAGUUGACAAUAGUGAGUGCCAGAGAUUAAAUUGUUGGCUGACAGACCCUCUCUGCUUCGGUAAGCUUUCCUUGGUUUAGAUUAGAGGUUUCAGGACCUGGGUCUGGAGAGGUCGAGGAAACCAGCUAACGGAGGAGUUUUUUCUGGUUGUAAAUCUCUUUGCUACAGGCUUCCAUCUGUGCUGAACAUUGAAAGGAAAACUGGAUUACGUUUUCCAGACCAAAUGUAUUGUCAUUGGCUGAUAACUGCAUUCUCAGAGGUUCCAUCCUCUGAUAGUAGGUGGUUGAACAGCUGAAAACCACUUUGAAAUAUUCGGUAAAAUGCUUGAUAAAUUGAGUUACCGGUCCUCUUUGAGCCCAUAAGGUUUCUGCCUAUUGCAGUGCCUUUCCUGUAAGCAGAUAGAUUAUAAAUGUGAUCUUGGAAGCAUCAGUCAUAAACAAUAAAAGUUGCAUUUCAAAAACAAGUGAACACUGAAGUAUAAACCGAUUGCACUCCUCCACCAGGCCUGAGUGGGGCCCGGGUGAGCCAUGGGACUGGCACUGACCUGUGUCGAAGAAGACAUGGGAAAUACGGAAGUGCUGGUUGCUGGUGGUGGGUAUAAGUAAACAGUUUAUUGCAGAAUAAAUGCAAACAGGAUUUAAGUCAAGUAGGUAGUUUGUUCUCUUGCAGAGGGUGAUCAAUGGAAACAUGAUGGAAUAGACAGGAGACUGAUGGCAUUGAUGGACACAAAUGAAAUCAGGAGACACACAACCAGGAAGGAAACUCACUAUGAAGAGACACAACAACACUGUGUACACUUGGAGCAGACACGGUCUUUUUGGGAUGGUUGCACAUAUGAUGUUCACCACAGCUUUCCAGCUGGCAGUCCAGCUUGGUCCAGAAGACUGGAGACCAAAGACAUGGGACUACAGCUGGUCUUAUCUUCUGGCGUGGUGUUCGUUCGGCACCUGUAUGAGCUCUGCGGUCACAGCUCUAAACCAUUACACCAAAACCAUCAUUGAGUUCAAGUUCAGGCGGAGGACCAUUGAGAAGAAACUGCGCAUCAAGCAGAGGAUUCUGGAGCUUGACCUGCCAGAAGACUUAUGGUACAUAACAUUAUUACAAGACCAAGCAGACCAACACACUACUCUGUAUGUAAAUGGCCCUGGAUCAUCCUGCAUCAACCCCAGUAUACUGGACAACUGGGACAGAGAAUACUGCUAAAAAUCCACUGAUCCACUUCUGCACAUGAUUUUGUGCUGAAAAUUUUAUUUUAUUGGGCUAUAUUCAAGAGAGCAAUAUAUUGACUAAGUUCUGCUUUUGUUCUAAUACGAUUAAUUUAUUAAUUUAAUUGAGGUUUAAAAAUAAUUAUAAGUUAAAGGAAGAGUUCAUUCAAAACUAAAAAUUCUUUCUUCAUCUACUAUUGCUUAACUUCUCACAAACCUUUUGUUCUGAUGAACAAAAAAGAUGUGUAAACCUGUAACC